AUGGUUCGAAUCCCGUCCGGAAAUGCCGCCGCCGCUAAGCUUGCCCGACUCGAUCAGCUCCAGCGCGCGCGCGAUCUCUUCCACCAGAUGCCGCAGCAAGAUGCCGUGGCCGGGAAUUCCCUGAUCAAGGCAUACGCCGAUCGGGGGGAGAUCCAAGAGGCAGAGUCGCUGUGCUUGGCGAUGCCCAGGAGGGAUCUAGUGUCGAGCAACACGAUGCUCCGGGCGUACUCCACCGGCGGGGAUUUCGAUCGCGCCAGAGAGUUUUUCGAUGCCAUGGCCGAUCGGGACGCGGUGUCUUGGAAUGUGAUGAUCCAGGCGUGCGUCACUGCCGGAGAUCUCGAGCAAGCGAUUGAUCUCUUCAAUCGAUGCCCGGCCCCGGAUAUCGUCUCUAGAACCGCGAUGAUCCAAGCGUUUGCCCAGGACGGAGACCUUGAUAGCGCCAAAAGAAUGUUUGAUUCCAUGCCAGAGAUCAACAUAAUCUCCUGGAACACGAUUCUCACUGCGAUUUCCCAGCGCGGCCAGAUCGAGAGGGCAAGGAAAGUGUUCGAUCAGAUCCCACAUCCAGAUCUAGUUUCCUGGAAUUGCAUGCUUGGAGCGUAUGCCCAAGCCGGGCAUCUGGAUCUCGCGCUAGAGCUCUUCUCGCGAAUGCCACUGACGAGCUUGAUUUCCUGGAACACAAUGAUCUCCGGAUUUAGCCACAGCGGCAACCACCGCGCCGCGAUGUCGAUCUUCCACAAGAUGCCCGCCCGCGACACAGUCUCCUGGAAUCUGGCAAUCGCGGCGCUUGCCCAGGCCGGGAAUCUUCACGAGGCCGCCAAGAUCUUCAAGAAAAUGCCGCAGCGUGACAUCGUCUCCUGGAACACGAUCCUCCAGGCGCAAGCGUCGGAUGGAGCGAUCUUCGCGAGAAUGCCGGCCAAGAACCUCGCAUCGAUGAGCGCCAUGGUGUCCGCGCACGCCAUGGCUGGAAACCUCGAUCACGCGCUAGUGCUCCUGGACGCCAUGCCCGAGUGGAACUCGGUCUCGUGGAACGCGAUGAUCGCCGCGGCGUCGUCCGAUGUGGAGCUGGCCGGCUGGCUCUUCGAUCGGACGGCGGAGAAGGACGUGGUGACGUGGACGGCCAUGGUCGCGGCUUAUGCCGGGAGCGGGCAUCUGGAGGACGCGAGGAGGGCCUUCUGGAGGAUGGACUGCGAGCGCGACGUGGUGGCGUGGACGGCCCUGAUCCACGGCGAGGCCAUCAACGGCGGCCUGGUAACGGCCAGGAUGGUUCUUGAUCGAAUGCAAUGUCCCAAUGCGGUGUCCUGGAAUGGGGUCAUUCAAGCGUUUGCCCAGAACGGGAAUCUCCGCGAGGCGCUGGAAAUCCUCCGCGAGAUGUGUGCCGAGGGAUUGGCGCCGGAUGGCGUGAGCUUCAUCGGCGCGCUGGCGGCGUGCAGCUACAUCGGCCUCGUCCAGGGCGCCAAGCGCUGCCUGUGCUCGAUGAUCGUGGAUUUCGGCGUGAUUCCGGGCGUGGCGCACUACCACUGCGUGUUGGACGCGCUGGGGCGGGCAGGGAAGCUCGGCGACGCGGAGGAGCUGCUCAGGGGGAUGCCUCAUUCUCCCAACGACGCUACCUGGACGAGCCUGCUGGGAUCUUCCAAGAUCCAUUGCGAUCCGGCGCGGGCGGCCGAGGCGGCCAGGAAGCUGGAUCCGACGAACGCAGCCCCAUAUCUAAUGCUUGCAAGAUGA